AUGUCUCUUGGUCGCACCAUAGGGCACUUUGGUGAUCUAAAAGCGAGUGCCAAAAUGCCUAGCAAGCCGGAUGUCGUCGAACAUGUCUCGCCCGCAGCUUGCCAAGCUUUCACCUCCCAGCCGCCAGCUGCAACGAGCAUCGAAUGCGACGCUCCACAACCCGACGCAAUGCCGAAAGAACGCAAGAGGAAACAUCACCAGCGGUCCAAAGCAGGCUGCAUAACCUGCAAGAAACGGCACCGGCGAUGCGACGAGGCAAGGCCCUUCUGUGCGCUUCAGUCUGACAGUGUUCAAAGCCACAACUGCCUCAAGACAGGCGGCAGUUGCGGCUAUCCAGACUCCACCACUCCGUCCGUUGACGGUAACGAGAUCGGCAAAGACCUCCACCAUGACCAGCGGUGGCUCCUGAACUUGCCGGUUCUCCAAUAUGAUUACACUACCCACUGCAGCUGUCUUCCCGACAGGCUAUCGGGCGUGUCUAAGAUGCUAUUCAACCAUGGCGCGACGUACAAUACCCUCACCCGUCAGGCUGUCACGAAGAAGUAUCGUCACGCCGAAAUCGAGUUCAGUACGAGCGACAUUGCCGUUCUGCAUUCGGUGCUGCACUUGACCGCGAAUCACUGGGUCGCGACAGGUGGAGAUCCGGGGUACAUGGCACCGGCGCUGUAUCACCACAAACUCGAAGCCAUGCGUAUUAUUCGAGAGAGACUGCGAGAUCCGGAGCAGGCCACUACAGAUGGUACCGUCGGCGGGAUCGCUAUACUGAUACUUGCAGAGUCUGAUACGAAAGCAGGUGCUGUACGGAAAUCCCAAGAUCGCGGUGCAUCACCUCGAUGGCCUGGAAAUAGUGAUGAGGCUUCGAGAUGGCAUGCAUAUCAACACGCGAAACGGCUUUCUAUCUCGGCUGAUCUGUUUCUCCCCCGCUUUUACGGCGGCUCAGUAACAAGAAGCACACAUAUUACCCCCAAAGCGAAAGCCAAGCCUUCCUCAACGUUGUCGUCGACGAAAAUAGUAGUAGCGCCACCACCCGGCUCCGACUCCCCAUUCUUCCCGACAGACGUGAUGGGAUCCCGCUUCCACACCACAGGAGGCUUCCCGGACCGCGACCUUGACUCGCUAGCACAGAUGUUCCGCCAUCUCCGCACGCACUCCGCCCUGGCUGCUGCAUUCGAGAACGGCAGCUCUCCCAUCCACGAAGCAGAGAUCCUCUCCCGCCUCUGCGCGAUCGAGAGAUUCAUCGACUCCCUCGUCCACGGCGGCGCCGGCGCCGGCUCAGAUCACACCACCCUCCUCCUGCCCCAGAACGCGAACCGUCCCCUUCACAACACCAACAAGCCCGACACGGUGCCCAUGCGGCCGUGCGGCUUCGUGGGCUCGAUCUACAUCUACCUGUUCCUGCGCAAGAUCCCGCUGGCGAGUCCGGUGUUCGACUAUAUGGUCAGCCUGGUGCGGGAGGAACUGGAGCGGUUUGGGGAGGAAGAGAAGGUGUUGGAGGGCUCGGUCCCGGCGGAGGUUGUGUUUUGGAUGUUGUUUGUAGCGGGGGUGGCGAGCGUCGAGAGGGAGGAGAGGGGCUGGUUUGUGAGGCGGUUGAAGAUAGUGAGGGGAGUGCUUGGGCUGAGGGGGUGGGAGGAGGCGAGGAGGUUGUUGGGGACGUUGGCGUGGGCUGAUGGGAUGGGAGACGAGGGCGGGAGGAGGUUAUGGGAGUUGUUGCUUGGGAGGGGGCCAUGA